ACAUUUCGCGCUUUAUGUCAAAAGUAAAAACGUAAAUAUGAUUUAUUGAUAAAUUAGUUCGAUAUUUAAACAAAAAUGGAAACAGUUAUCAUAGCUUUGGAUUUAGAUAAAGUAUGUCGCGUGUGUUUAUUAGAAUCUAGUACAAUGUUUUCGAUUUAUAGUGAAUUAUUAGAACAGCAUUCCGACGAGAAAAUGCCGACGAUAUGUGAAAUACUCGUUAAUAUAUCUAACAUAAAUAUUCGUAACGACGAAAAUUUACCGAGCAUGAUAUGUGCUAAAUGCAUAGAUUGCGCUCACAGUGCAUAUAAAUUUCAACAACAAUGCAACAAAUCCCAAUAUUUACUCGAUUCUUACUUAGAACAAAUUAAAAAUUUCACUCCAAAAGAUGAUAAUCAAGUUCCAAAUAUGAAUGAAGUGAAAAUAUUAGAAACAUUUCCAUCUGAUAACAACGAUUUAUUACAAGAAGGAGAUCUGCUUAAUGAUAGCUUGAAUUUUAUGAAAGAUGAUUAUUUACUAGACGUUGGAAAUGAUAUUAAAGAUGACUCUGAUGAUUUAAAAAGUUGUAUACCAUUGGGAGAAGACACCGUAGAUCAAUUGAUACAAGAUAAUCUAAAAUUAGGUAACCUGGAACUCAUAUCACCAAAGAUGGAUUUUAGUCUCCAUAUUAAGGAAGAGGAAACAAAUAAACCAUUCAAGGAUAUGCAAAAUAUGAAUUAUUACCGAAAUAUCACAAAAUCCGGUGACUUGUUCUAUGAUUGCAACAUCUGCGAACAAUCUUUUAAAUUACCCAACCAAUUAAAACUCCACUUAAAGUCUCACAACGAGGAUAAACCAUUUGUUUGCACGGAAUGUCGGAAGGGAUUUAAAGUAUAUGGUUCCCUGAUGCAUCAUGCCCGUAAUCAUUCAGGGGAAAAGGCAUUUCAAUGUAAAGAAUGUGGGAAACGGUACAGGCAAUCUGGUACACUUACCGCGCACAUGAGGAUACAUACUGGUUCUAAACCAUAUUUGUGCUCGAUUUGUGGCAGAGGGUUCAGACAAGCUCCAGAUUUGACUUACCAUAUGAGGACCCAUACCAAAGAAAAACCGUACAUGUGUAAUGUGUGCGGGAAAACGAUGUCUAUGCAGUGUCACUUAGUGCAACAUAUGAGAUCGCACACUGGAGAAAAACCCUUCAAAUGUUUUAUAUGCGAUAAGGCAUUCCCGUCAUCGACAAGACUGAAACGCCAUUCCAUAGUCCACACCAACUUGAAACCGUUCAAGUGCACAAUCUGUGAUAAAUCUUUCAACAGAAGCAGCAGUUUGAAAGUCCAUACGAAAAUCCACAAUGGCGUCAAAUCCCAUUCGUGUCCGAUAUGCCAGAAGAGCUUCCUAUGGGCGCAUUCUCUUCGAGCGCACCUUCUAACCCAUUCGAAAAACUCCGAAAUCGAACUAGAGGAACCUUCCGGUGAAUUGUCGACCAUCAACGACGAUAAAACCCCCGAGAACGAAACGUUCGCGAUAAUAUCCAACGGAAACUGCGAUUCCAGAAACGAAUCUUUUCAAAUAUGCGCGUUGAGCGCCGAGGAUGGAUGCGAACACGUCGACACGUUUACUUUGUAUGCAUCGGGCGACAAUCGAUUGUCAAAUCUUGGAAAUCUUUCAUCCCUCAGUAUGUAAUAACGUAUUGACUCAUUUUGCUGCACCGUGUUAAUGAUUAAUGCUUUAAUUUCAUCUAGCUUAACUGUCAAUAGUUGACGUACGAAGAUCUCAAGUGUUUAUCUUUUAAAAAUGAAUUUCUAGGUACAAAAUAAGCUGAUCUCAAAAUAUUUAUGCUUAAAAGUAAGUUUUAUUUGAUUUUUUGACACUAUUUUUCGUUUCUGUUGAGAUAUUUUAUAUAUUUUGACAUUAUGAUGACAGAACUUUGUUUUUGGUACUGUGAGUUGUCGCUUUCGAACUUUUGAGGUUUCAAUCAUGAAACAAUACAUGUGUUAACUGUCAAUUGUUGUUUUCGAACUUUUGACGUUUCUGUUGUCGUUUUUGUUGCUAUCAAAUAUUUUUUCAAUGAGGUACAUCAGGAUUACCUCUUUUCAUAAAGACUGUUAUUUUAGUUUUAUUUAUUACAAAUUUUAAAGUAUUUCACUAUUUUUUUAUUUCAAAAUAUUUUUUAUUUAUUUUUAUAAUAUAUAGUCAUGUUUUAAAGACUUUUAGUUUUGUUAAAAGCUGUUGAAAAGAUUUUUAAGAUGUUUUCCGUGUAUUUGUGUCUAAUAAAUUGUUGAAUUUUA